GUGGGAAAAUAAUUUCAAAAAUUGUUGCGUGCUGUUUCUUGAGUGAAAAAGCCAGAGACAUGACAAGAAAACGUUCGAGUCCAGUGGGACUCGAGAAGCUGACGAUGAUGUCCAUGCUGAGCAUGUUGGGCAUGCUAUUGGUGCUGCUGCCAGCGCUAACACAAGCCGCUCCAUUGCAAGAGUAUACGGAAAUUCAACAGUAUUCAGAAGAUGGCUGCUACUACAACUAUGCGCAUUAUAAUGAAGGUGAUCGCAUAAUGACCAAUGAGCCAUGUCUUAACUGCACCUGCCAUAAUCGCAUGCUCAUGUGCUAUCUGCGCGUCUGUCCAUUCACCAAGCCCAUUGGUCACGACUGCAUUGUGGAGAAGCGCGAGGAUCAGUGCUGCCCCAUAAUAACAUGUCCUGAAGUGCCUGUGGAUGUGCCCUAUCAUACACCUGAGCCAGGCACUGAGCUGAGCAUACCAGAGAAAUUUGGCUGCAGCAUUGAGGAGAAAUUCUAUCCGGAAGGCGCGCAGGUGCCUUCAAACCCCAACAAGCCCUGUGAGCUUUGCUAUUGCAUUAACAAUCAAACCAAGUGUGUUAUGCAGGAGUGCACAUUGCAUGUCGAUGGCUGCACGCCCAUAUACAACAAAGGCUCCUGCUGCCCCGUACGCUACAGCUGCGAUCAUGAAAACGAUGUGCUGGAACUGGAGGAUCACUCAACUACAACUACGACAGUGCGUCCUACACCUGGCUUUAUACUAACCACCACCAUGAUGCCUUCUGUCUCCACGGAUUGUAUCCACAGCGGUGAGACCUACGCUGAUGGCGCCUCCAUUCGCGGCAAGAAUGCCUGCGAGCAUUGCUACUGCAUGCGUGGCGAUAUUGUCUGUGCCGUGCAAGAGUGUGAGAUGCCCAUGAAGGCUGCCAGUGGCAACAUCUGCCGCGCCAUGCCUCCAGCUGAUGGCGAGUGCUGCCCCAGCAACUACAUCUGCGAGGAUGACAGCGCCACCACCGAGAUUGUUGAAAUUACCACAGCAGCUGCUCAAGAUGAGACGACAGUCAUGCCUGUUAAGCACUUGCCUGGUGAAAUACCCAAGGAGGACUUGGAUCUGCAAGAGCAUAUUGACGAUGAGCAGCCAGCUACUACCGCACCCAUGGCAGAGAUUGGCAGCGGUGAACUCGAUGAAGAAGAUCAAAGCACUGAGUUGCCUGCACAUGUGCAAAAGGAUGAAAAGACUGAUUCUACCACAAUUACAUCCGAUUCACGCAUUGAUGUGCCCAGUGAGCCAACGAUCACUUCUGAGGAGGAAGGCAGCGGCGAGCCAGAGAUUGUCAAGGCCACAACGCCAGCUCCAACAGAAACUGUCAAGCCUGCUGAGCCCAGCAAGGAAGGCAGCGGCGAGCAAACUGACAAGCCCACAAUCUCUAGUGAGGAGGGCAGUGGUGAGGAAGCCGAAGAUGUUGCCACUAAGACUCCUGAGAGUGAUGAAGAUAUGCUCAAGGAAACAACAGCUGCCCCUGCUGCGCAUGAAGAAGAUAUGGUCAAGGUUACCACUGCAGCACCAAGUGAUGAAGUUACUGCUAAGCCUGCCAAGGAUGCAAUUUCUGCAGAGGAUGAAGUUAAGGCUACAACAUCCGCUGAGGAAGAUGUUAAGGCUACUACUGCCGCUCCUGCCAAGGACGAAAUCUCUGCUGAAGAUGAAGUUAAGGCUACAACUGCAGCUCCCGCUAUGGGUGAUGAAGAUGAAGCUAAGGCUACAACUACAGCUCCUGCUAUUGCUGGCGAAGAUGAAGUUAAGGCUACAACUGCAGCCCCUGCUAUGGCUGAUGAAGAUGAAACCAAGGCUACCACAGCUGCUCCUGCCAAGGACGAAACCUCUGCUGAAGAUGAAGCUAAGAUUACAACUGCUGCUCCUGCCAAGGAUGAAAUCUCUGCUGAAGAUGAAGUUAAGGCUACAACUGCAGCCCCUGCUAUGGCUGGCGAAGAUGAAGUUAAGGCUACCACAGCUGCUCCCGCCAUGGCUGAUGAAGAUGAAGUUAAGGCCACAACUGCAGCCCCCGAUAAGGCUGAUGAAGAAGAUGAAGUCAAGGCUACUACAGCUGCUGCUGCUAUGGCUGAUGAAGAUGAAGUUAAGGCUACCACAACAGCUAAGGAUCUCAGCAUGGACGAGGAGAUGGUUAAGGCUACAACUGCUGCUUCUGUGGAGCAUAUGGACAAGGCUACUACAAUUGCUGCUGAUGAGCACGCUGAUGAGGCCACUGACAAGCCUGUCAAGGAUGAAAUUGCACCAGAGGAUCAAGUUAAGGCUACCACAGUCGCUCCUGCCAAGGAUGAAAUUCCUGCUGAGGAUGACACUAAGGCUACAACUGCCGCUCCUGCUAAGACUGAUGAAGAUGAAAUUAAGGCUACGACAGUCGCUCCCGUUAAGGAUGAAAUUUCACCUGAGGAGGAGGCUGCAACUGCCAUUACCGAGAAGGAUGAAGACAAGUCAGAAGAUGAGGUUAAGGCUACAACUGCGGCUCCUGCCAUGGGCGAGGAUGAUGUUAAGGCUACAACUUCCGCUGAGGAGCAAGUUAAGGUUACAACUCAUGCACCUGCCAAGGAUGAAAUUGCGCCAGAAGAUGAAGUUAAGGCUACGACUGCUGCGCCAGCCAAGGAUGAGGAAGUCGAUGACGCUACUACUGCUGCACCAGCCAUGGAUGAAGAAGAAGUUAAGGCAACUACUGCUGCUCCAGCUAAGGCUGAAGAAGAAGAAGUUAAGGCAACAACAGCUGCUGACACUAGCGCUGAAGAAGAAAUUGUUAAGGCUACAACGCCAGCCAAGGAAGCCAGCGCUGAUGAAGAUAUGGUUAAGGCUACAACUGCUGCUCCUGCCAAGGAUGAAACUGCAACAGAAGAGCCAGCAAAGGCUACAACACCAGCUGCUGCAUCUGACGAAGACAUUGUGCCAGCAACAACACCCGGCAAAGAAAUCAGCGCUGAUGAGGAGCAGAUUACCAGCAAGCCCAGCAUGGAUGAAGAUAUUCUCAAGGCCACAACGCCAGCUGAGAGCACAGAUGAGGAGGCCGCAACCACUGCCAGACACGAUCAAGGUAUGGCACAUGAUGAAGAUGCCGCUUUGGCCACCACAACACCCAAGGCUGCUGAUGCUUCAACUGAAGCAGGCUCAACUACAGUCGCUGCUCAUGCACCUUCGUCCAGCACAGAAGGCAUGCAGGAAAGCACCGAGAGCACUGAAACCGAGACGCACAAGCCUGCGGUGGAGAGCAGCACCAGCGCAUCGGCUGAAAGUGAAGAGGACAGCUCGGAGGACAAGACUGAGCAACCCAAAAAGGAUGCCAUGGAUGCAACAACAGCAAAGACUGACGCCAAGCCAAGCGAUGAAGAUGCUACUACAGAGAUUGACAUGGAAUCAGUUGGCGCCACCAGCAAGCCCAUUGAUAAGCAAGCUGAGGAUGCUGCCACAACACAGAAGUCCGACAUUGCACCAACUGUUGCCGCUGAGAGCACAGAGCAGCCCACAAGCGAAGAAGCUGACACCGCCAAGCCACCAGCAGUCUACUUGCCACCUGGCUCAGAGCAAGACGAAAGCACCGAGAAGGCCGACAGUGACGAGGAUGUGGCUGCUACAACUGCCAAGAUUAUGCCCGCUCAUCCAAGCGCUACACUGGACACGCGUCAUGACUUUGCUCCAGAGACAACAACCGCCGCCGCCGCGCCUGGCAAGGAGGAGCAGCAAACCGAUGCCACCAUGCCAGACAUGCACCUGCCCUCUGUCAUACCCGGCGAAGGCGAUUGCCUGGUCGAAGGCAGAACCUAUGCCAACAACAGCGAUGUGCCCGCCACAACUCCCUGCGAUGUUUCCUGCAAAUGCGUUAGCAGCAUUGUCAGCUGCAAGGCCAUGGAGUGCAGAAUACCCGAGGAUCGCGAGAAGUGUGUGCUGGCUACAGAUCUGCUGGAUGGCUGCUGUCCCACUUAUAUUUGCGAAGGCGAUGUGGAGCAGCUGGCAACAACUGUUAAGCCAGCGGCUGAGGCUGCCGAUAAGAUUGAUGAUAAGGAAACAGUUGCCAGCAGCACAGAGCAAAUGCCAGAGGAUGUCAACUUGCCCACAGGCAUUACCGAGCUGCCCAUGUCGCAUGUGAAGCACGACGAGGAGGAGCCACAAGCUACCACCGCCAAGACGUUGCCAGCAGCCAGCAGCACGCCCAAGGCUGAUGAUGAAGACACAGCCACAGCGGCGCCUGCAAUUGAAAAGGAAGUGCAGCCAACAGACGAAAAGCAGCCCACAUCAGCAGAGGAGGAGGAGGACAAGAAGACAGAGGCAACAACUGUUGCUGCUGCUGCAAGCUCAACAACAACAACAGCAGCUCCAGCUACUGCUGCUGAGGAUGAUAAAUUGGCUGUCACCACCAUGCCACCAAGCAUUGCUAAGGAUGAAGAGAAGCCCAUGCAGCCAACUGAUGAAAAGAUUGAUGAAGUGUCCACAGAAGCAGCCGCUGAAGAUAAAACUGACAAGAUACCAGCGAUGCACAGCGACAAGCAAACAACGAUGGCGCCAACUGAUAUGGAUAUGGAUAUGGCUGACAAAAUUACCACAUUGCCACCUAGCGAUGAAGUUAAGCCCACUGUGGCUGCUGCUGAUGAUGAAGACAAGCAAGCAACAACUGUUAAGCCUGCUGCUCCAGCUGCUGACGAACAACAGCAACCCGAUGAGUCUGAGCCACCACUGCCAACAACGCCCAAGAGCACCAAGCUGCCAACAGAGCCAGAGACAAGCACUGAGACUGAAGUGUCCGCCACAGCAGCUCCCAUUGGCGAUGAAGAAGAAGGCGAAGCAACUGAUGUGCCAGCAGUUGAAGGCAGCACUGCAGCACCUGUGGCUGCUGAUGAGCACAAGCCAAGCACCGAAAAGUCUGACAUGGCCACUGAUGACAAAACGGAUCGAGAUGAUAUUGCAACAACUGCUGCACCUGCUAAGCAGCCAGCUGCUGAGCAAACUACCACGCCCGCUUCCGCUGAAAAUGAAGUGGAACCAGAGGCAGUUACAACUGCUGUGCCACACAAGAAGCCUGAGCAGGAUACAGCUGAGGAGGACACCGCUACCGACAAGAUGCCAGUCAGCGCUGAUGAGCUGCCAGCAACUACAGCUGCGCCCGCUGCUGCUGCUGAUGAAGACAGCAUGGCUACCAAGAAGCCCACAGAUCAGGACAUGGCGCCAGUUACACACCAGACUCCUGCCGAGGAAGCUGCAGCAAUUACAACAGCAGCUCCAGAUCAAACCAAGAAGACGCCUGAAGUGGAUGCCGCGCAUGAGGAUGCAACCACAAUUGAGCCACUCACUGCUGAUCAAGAUGAAAGCACUGAAAUGCCCAGCGCAGAAGAUGAAGAUACCAAGCCAGCAGUCAUACCCACAGCUGCACCAGCUGCAGAUGAGCACAAGGAAGCGGCUGAGGCCACCACCACGCCCAAGACAGCAGCUGAAGAUGAGCAGCAGCCAAUGGAUAAGCAAACAACAAUUGCACCAGCAUCCGCUGAAGAUGAAGCAGCAUCCACCGAGUCUGUGGAGCAGCACACAACAACAACAACUGCUGCAAGCGUUGAUAAGGCUACUGAAUCCGCCACUAAAACGCCUGCUGAGGAUGAAGCUGAGGAUAAGGCUACAACCAUUGCUGGCGACACUUCCGCUGAAGACAUGGAGCCUGCUAAGGAAACUACUACUGCUAAGCCUGCAAUUGCUGCUGAGGAUGAAGCAACUACUGCGUCCGCUGAUGAGCACAAGGAUGAGACGCCUGAGACUGCCACAGAUGCAGCUGCAACAAUGGCGCCUGCCAAGGAUGAAAUUGAAGCUGAUGCUACAACUAUGCCGCCCACUAAGCUGGCAGAUGAGACACCAGUUAAAGAAAUUGUGCCUGCCACCACUGCCGCUUCCAUUGAACAAGAAGCUGCCACAACAACUGCUGAUAAGUUGCCGGCAGCUGCUGAUGAUGAGGACACUGCCGCCGCAACCACCAUGCAGCCAGCAGCUGAAGGUGCUACCGACGAAGCUGUCAAGGCCACAACAGCCAAGCCAGAGGAGCAGGAAGCCAAGCUGCCAACAACAGCUGCGCCCAUUGAGCUGCCCACAACAGCAGAGAUUGAGACCAAGCCCAUGGAAGAUGGACAGUCGCAAACAAUUGCACCAGCUGGCGUCGAUAAGGAUGUGGAUACAGCUACCACUAUUGCUGAACAAGAUGAGAAGGCUGAAGCUACAACUGUUGCUGCUGCUGCUGCUCAAGAUAUGGAAACAAGCAGCAAGAUGCCUGCGGCCAUGGACGAAGAGCACGCCACAGAACCAGCGGCUGAUGUGCAUAAGCAGACCACAGAUCAAGCUAAGCUGCAUCCAAUUGAACAUGAUGUAGAAACCACCAGCAAGCCAACAGAUGAAGCUGUCACCGAGCCUAGUGCGGAGCAGGAUAAGGAUAUGGCAACCACCAGCAAGCUGCCACAUAUUGAUGCUGACGCUACAGAAAGCGCAGAAACUGAUGAGCAGACAACUGAGCACGUUAAAGUGCAGCCAACAAGCCAAGCGCCAACUAAGAUGGAACCUGUUGAUGAGCAUACAAUGCAGCCAGAGAGCGAUGUGGCUGCCACUGAAACGCCAGAGGAUGCAGCACACACCAGCAAGCCCGCCCAUGAUGAGAAGUCAAGCGAAGCGCCCGAGUCUGAAGAGCAAACCGACAAGCCAGCUCAUGAUGAGAAGACAACUGCAGCUCCAGAGUCAGAAGAGCACACUGACAAACCCGCUCAUGAUGAGAAGCCAAGCGAAGCGCCUGAAUCUGAAGAGCACACUGAUAAGCCCGCUCACGACGAGAAGCCAAGCGAAGCGCCUGAGUCUGAAGAGCAAACUGACAAACCCGCUCAUGAUGAGAAGCCAAGCGAAGCUCCAGAGUCGGAGGAACACACUGAUAAACCCGCUCAUGAUGAGCACACUAGCGAAGCACCAGCAGCUGAAUCGCACACCGAUAAGACCUCAGAUGAAGAGCAAACCAGCGAUGAAAUGCCCACUGCCAAGCCCAGCGCUGAGGAGCAGGCAACAGCUGCGCCCGCUGUGGUUCCCAGCUUGGAUUCCGGUGAAGAAGUUGACGAGUCUGUGGAGUCCGAAGAAGAGCACAGCGCUAAGCCUGAUACUGCACACAAGGAAGACGAAAGCGCCGAGUCUACUGAAUCUGCAGAAGCUGUCACCGAAGCUGCCGAGAAGAAGCCUGAACACGACGAAGAACCUGAAGUGCCCGCUGUGGUCUCAGAAGUACCACAAACUACAGCUGCGCCCGCUGGUCAUGAUGAAAUCUCUGCUGAGGUUACCACCAGCGAGGAGGAAGAGGAGGAGCAUGUUGACAUUAGCACCACCGUGCAUCCGCUGUUCUCCGCACACUUUACCAGCACCAAGGCGCCAACUGUGGAUGAUCGUGUGGGUGAAGAAGCUGCUGCUGAGACCACUAAACAGACCACAACAACAACUGAGUCACCGCUUACCACAACCGCUGCCAGCAGCGUUGCACAUGAGCCCAUUACGCCGCCCAGCUAUGGACAGCAGCCACCGCAGUAUCCAUCCUAUCCCGAGGAUGAGUACGACGAGGAGGAAGUCUUUGGUCCCGGCACUUGCCGCUACGCUGGCAAAAUCUAUGUCUCCGCUCAGCAAAUACCACGCGAUGAUCCUUGCGAUUUCUGCUUCUGCUUUAGAAGCGACAUUAUCUGCCUGCAACAGUCUUGCCCGCCACCUAUCUCUGGCUGCCACGAGGAGCCCAUCUCUGGCUUCUGUUGUCCACGCUACGAGUGCCCUGUGUCCAUGGCUGCUGUGCUUAAUAUCACAACAAGCACCACAACCACUAGCACCACACUGCCACCACAUUUCCUCAACUAUUCGCAUGGCUCGAAUGUUCAACAUACUGGCUGUCUGAUCAACAAUCGUUCGUACAGAGUGGGUGAGCCCAUUGAUUCGACGAGUGGUCCCUGCAUUAGCUGCACUUGCGGCGGCGAUGGCAAAAUGAAGUGCGAUCCACAGCAAUGUGUGCCGGAGCCAACAAUGCAGCAAGUAAUGGCUGCUGUUGCGUCUGGACGUAAAAGAUGAACCACCAGCCAUGCUUACUAAAUAUAAUUUUAACUAAUUUUUAAGCACUGCAAACAAAACAAUCACAACAAAAACAAACAACAGCCAAAAUUGCACACACCGAGCUGCAUUCCUCACGACUAAAUGAACAGAAAACAGAAAAAGAAUAGACACAAAAUAGUAACAAAAACAAAUAGUAAAAACAAUAUGAACUAAGGUGCCAAAACUGCUGAAAUAAUUGCAACACACACACAAACACAUUAAUCAGUUUUUGAUUAACUCCCCAAGUUAUUUGCACUUUUGUCAAGUUUUUUCUUUAUUCAAUUGCAAUUACAAUUUGUUUCGGAUUAGGUUACGUGACGAAGCAACCAGUGAUAUUGUACUGUAUACAUAGUAUAGGUGCAAUUAAUUAAUUAGAAUGCGCUCACUAAAAAAGUUAAAAAAAAAAA